CCAGUAGUGCGUUAGAAUGGUCAUGACCGGGUGGCUGUAAUAGUUUCAAGCAAAUGGAAUAGCAAGGAACAUGAGAAUUAUAACGGAGUUACGGUACCACUUUUUAGAAACGGACAGUUAAAUUCCUUCAUGUAGCCAAUUUAUUUUCAAUACUUGGGCGAACCGCAGUAGUUUAACUCAGGAAAUAAGGGAACUUAGAAAUCGAUAGCAAGCUACUGCUAGCACUUUCUAACUGCAUUUCCCUCAGAAACUAGGGAAAUUAACAUUAUUAUUUAUUUUGCGGGUAUCUUUUUACCGCAUAUCACGGUGUAUGGAUACACACAAACAAUGGUUAUUGACACGCGUUUACGUUUUACAUAAACUGCUACAUAAAUUGUUUACUUUUGCUGUAGUCGGACGUUUGUAAAACAUUUUGCCGGGAGUUUUGAAAGUUUUUGAAGAUAAUAUUUCCAUUAAUAGAAGGCUACUAUGGCUGAACACGAGAGUUUGGAAUUUGGAAAGGCGGAUUUUGUGCUUCUCGACAAUGUUUCCUUGGAGGAAUUCAUGACUAACCUCAAACUCAGGUUUGAGAAGGGCCGGAUCUACACCUACAUUGGGGAGGUGGUGGUGUCGGUGAACCCGUACCGCGCCAUGAACAUCUACGGACGCGACACCAUCGAGCAGUACAAGGGCCGGGAGCUGUACGAGCGGCCGCCACACCUCUUCGCCAUCGCCGACGCUGCUUACAAGGCCAUGAAGAGGAGAAAUAAGGACACCUGCAUCGUCAUCUCAGGUGAGAGUGGAGCCGGGAAGACAGAGGCCAGCAAAUACAUAAUGCAGUACAUCGCUGCAAUCACCAACCCCAACCAGCGAGCAGAGGUGGAGAGGGUGAAGAACAUGCUGUUGAAAUCGAACUGUGUCCUGGAGGCCUUUGGGAAUGCAAAGACCAACCGCAAUGACAACUCCAGCCGCUUUGGGAAGUACAUGGACAUCAAUUUUGACUUCAAAGGGGACCCCAUUGGGGGCCACAUCAACAACUACCUACUGGAGAAGUCCCGAGUCAUCUUCCAGCAGGAGGGCGAAAGAAGCUUCCAUUCCUUCUACCAGCUGGUGAAAGGGGGUCCCGACCCUCUCUUGCGAUCACUGCACAUCCAGAAGGACCCAACCGCCUACAGCUACAUUAAAGUCGGAGGACAGGUCAAGUCAUCCAUCAAUGACAGCGCUGAUUUCAAAGCGGUGGCUGAUGCCAUGAAAGUGAUUGGCUUUACGGCUGACGAAAUCCAGACCGUCUACAAGAUCCUGGCCACCAUCCUGCACCUGGGUAACCUGAAGUUUGGCAGCGAUGGGGAUGUGACGCUGAUUGAGAACAGCAAGCUAGUGUCCGUGCUGGCCGAGCUCCUGGCCACCAAACAAGAGAAUGUGGAGAAGGCCAUGCUCUACCGCACAGUGGCCACAGGCCGUGAUGUCAUCGACAAGCAGCACACGGACCAGGAGGCCAGCUAUGGCCGUGAUGCACUGGCCAAGGCCAUCUACGAACGCCUCUUCUGUUGGAUUGUGGGACGAAUCAAUGACAUCAUUGAGGUGAAAAACUAUGAUGCCAAAGUCCACGGGAAGAACACGGUGAUUGGUGUGCUGGAUAUUUACGGCUUUGAGAUCUUCCAGAACAACAGCUUUGAACAGUUUUGUAUAAACUACUGUAAUGAGAAACUGCAGCAGCUCUUCAUCCAGCUAGUGCUGAGACAGGAGCAAGAUGAGUACCAGCGUGAGGGCAUCCCCUGGAAGCACAUCGACUACUUCAACAACCAGAUCAUCGUGGACCUGGUGGAGCAGCAGCACAAGGGCAUAUUCUCCGUGCUGGACGAGGCUUGCAUGAACGUGGGCAAGGUGACGGACGAGAUGUUCCUGCAGGCGCUCAACAGCAAGCUGGGCAAGCAUGCCCACUACACCAGCCGAAAGCUCUCUCCGACAGACAAGAGCCUGGAUUUUGACCGGGACUUCCGCAUCCGUCACUAUGCAGGCGACGUGGUGUACUCUGUUACAGGUUUCAUUGACAAGAACAAGGACACUCUGUUUCAGGACUUUAAGAGGCUGCUGUAUAACAGUUCCAACCCCGUGCUGAAAGGGAUGUGGCCGGAGGGGAAGCUGAGCAUCACGGAAGUGACCAAGCGCCCGCUGACGGCCGCCACGCUCUUCAAGAACUCCAUGAUCGCGCUGGUGGAGAACCUGGCCUCUAAGGAGCCGUACUAUGUGCGCUGCAUCAAGCCUAACGACUUGAAGUCACCUCUUCUGUUCGAAGAGGAGCGCUGCCGCCACCAGGUGGGGUACCUGGGUCUGCUGGAGAACGUGCGCGUACGCCGCGCGGGAUUCGCCUACCGCCAAACCUACCCCCGCUUCCUGCAGAGGUAUAAGAUGAUCUCGGAGUUCACGUGGCCCAACCACGACCUGCCGUCGGACCGCGAAGCGGUUAAGAAGCUGCUGCAGUGCAGCGGGUUCGAAGGCGACGCGGCGUACGGGAAGACCAAGGUGUUCAUCCGCACGCCGCGCACCCUCUUCACCCUGGAGGAGCAGCGGGCCGAGAUGGUGCAGCGCAUCGUCCUCUUCCUGCAGAAGGUGUGGCGCGGCACGGUGGCCAGAAUGCGCUAUCGGCGCAUGCGGGCCGCCCUCACCUUCCUGCGUGCCUACCGCCGCUACAAAGUGCGGACAUACAUCCGCGACAUGAACCGCUGCUUCAAACACGUGCGCACCAUGAAGGACCACGGGAAGCACAUCAAGUGGCCCAUGCCGCCCAAAGUCCUGCGCAGGUUCGAGGAGUCGCUGAGGAGCAUCUACAACAGGUGGUGGGCGUGGUCCCUCAUCAAAGGCCUGUCACCUGAGGAGAUGCUGCAAAUGAGGGCCAAGGUGGCCACUCUGGAGGCUCUGAAAGGUCAAAGGGCAGACCUGGGCCUACAGAGGGCAUGGGAAGGCAACUACCUGAAGCGGGACAGCCCCGAGAUGGCGUCCUCCUUCACCCUGGUGUCCAACGACCUGCAACGCAAGGACAAGUUCAUGAGGGUCCUCUUCGCCUGCAACGUCCGCAAGAUCAACCGCUUCCACAAGUCGGAGGAUCGCACGGUCCUGAUUACUGACCGACAUCUGUACAAGAUGGACCCCCUCAAGCAGUACAAGCCCAUGAAGAGCAUCCCACUGUACAACGUGACGGGGGUGAGCGUGUCCCCUGGGAAGGACCAGCUCGUGGUUUUCCACACCAAGGACAGCCGGGACCUCAUCGUGUGCCUUCAGGGCGUGGUGCCCGCUGGCGAGAGCCGCAUUGGGGAGCUGGUGGGCACCCUCCUCAGCCACUUCAAGAGUGAGAAGAGGAAGCUGCAGGUGAACAUCGUCAGCCCCAUCCAGUGCAGCAUGCAUGGCAGGAAGUGUACCGUCGUUGUGGAGACCAAGAUCAACCAAUCGCAGCCAGACUUUACCAAGAGCCGAUCCGGCUACAUCCUGGCAGUGCCAGGCAAUUAACGGGGGAUGGGAUCAAAGGGGUCUUUCGCCAGGAUUUUGGGGGCAGGGCACCUCGAUGGUAGGCCAGUUUUGGGGACAGGUCUGCUUGAUGAUGUUUUUUCUAGAUUAUUUCUGUUUGUUUCAGUCUGUUCUAUAAGUCGAUUAUUACAAAGAAAAUCGAAAAAAGAAAAUCAUAUGAAGAAUGUGUUUGAUGAAACCAUACCAAAUAUGUUUUACGUUAAAUAUUGAAGGAAAGGACCUCAGUCGGAAGCGCAAAGGAGAAUUUUAGGUGCGAGAACGAUCUGUCCACAAGUUAAAACUAUUAGGCUAAAUGUAUUUAGAAGUAGAUAAACUGUAAUAUCCCCUUAGCAUGCAUAUGCACGCUCAUCCCAUGACAGAUAAUUAGUCAUUUAAUUCCUGGAACUCGUGGUUCUCUGAGAAUAACAGCAAGCUUCAGUUUUUAUGAAAUAGUAUGAAAAUGUUCCUCUGAAGUGAGAAAUGGGUUCCAUUCUCAUUGAUUUGAGAAAACAUUCUUUAAAGCUGUAGGCUGUGUGUUGGAUUAAUGGUUUUUGUCUGCCCUUUCAGGUGCUCUUCAUGAAACCUCAGUUAAAAACCCAUCCAGAUCAGAGUAAACUGUCCCAUCAUUUGAAUGUAAUAUUGAACAUUGUUUCCAUCUUCAAGGAGCAACCUGAUGUGUCUCCCUACAUGCAUAUCCUAAGCGAAUCAUUGUUUUCUUUUCAUUUCAGUCAUGAAUAGUUAGUUUGGAGCACCUGCAUCUCCUUUUACCCUCCUGCCAUUUUAGUUGUGAGGUUUGCCUCCGUCAGUACUGGUUUAUUUUAAUCAUUCUUGUUUAUUUUUGAAAGGAUCUUACCACAGCCUGUAUUCUUACCGGUACAUUCCAGGGCCUUAACCCUGCCUGACAUCCACCUGCAAAGUUCUGGUGUGUGUCUGUGUGUUUGUGUGCACGGGUGUGUGUGUGUGUGUGUGUGUGCUCAUGCGGAGGUGGGGGAUAGCUUUUCCAUAUACCAUAUUUUUGAUGGAAAAAGCAUGAUGACCUCUUUCAAAGAUGUUCAUCUUGUUACAGUGGCAGAGUGUCCAUCGUUAAGCCCAGAUUUAUGUUGAGAAGGAUGUGCUGAGCACAUCCUCAGACCCUUAAACUGCUUCUUAGAGGAGCAGUAAAAUCUUAAUUGAGCCUUAAUUUAAAAUGUGUAUCUUUUUUUCUAUAUCUUUAUAGUAUAUAUUCAUGCGUUCCCAUUAUGUAUGCAAGAUUUUUAGUUCAGAUGUACUUUCAAUGACCAUAGUUUGGUACAUUUAUAUUUGUAUUACAGUAGAGAUCUUAGACUAAUGACAACCGAUAGCCAGCUUGCAGGACAUGCUCUUUGUAAUGUGACCACCAGCUUAAUUUAGGCCGGAGAAUAGCAGAAUCUCUGUCAGCAUUCAUGUUCGGCUAGCGCUCACGUCUGAGAAUUAUCCUCAUUGGUAUCAAUGGAUAAAGGCUUUCUUGAGCCUGUUGACUCUAAUUAGCAUCUCUUGUAGCCGCAGUGGCACUUGAGGAGCACAGGCUCUCUGUCAGUGGGCAACACAGGACUGAGAAGAGAAGGGAGCAUUCAUUAUCUGCCGGCACCCUUUCUGCUCUACUGUUUCCAGUGCAGGGAGACCUGCAAAAAGCUUCAGUUUAAUUGGCAAUAGAAAUAGGAGUGGGAGGAGUUAUUUUCUGUCCUCUUAUUGUCGGAGUAAAGAAGGACCAUUUACUUGUUUAAUGGGUGUCUUUGAAACGUGUACGUCACAGCAAAGUCAUCGUUUAACCUACAUAUCUAAUUUUAGCAGCCUAUUUUGCUCCAGACCGCAAAGCACCACUAACCGUGAUAGAGUUCCGCUGUUUGCCAAGUUUUAGCGAUUGUACAUUUUACAAGCCAAAAAAGAUGUUUUCUAAAAUAGCAGACGUAUUCUUUAUUUGCUCUGUAAGUGAAAUCUUGUUUUGCAUUAAGCAAGCCCUUGUGCUUGAAUGAUCUAGAACCUAUUCCACCAAAGAGUUCUGCAGUCGUGCACCAGAAGAGGUUUGGAACACCUUUUUGUUGGCUUUGAUAGUUUGCCAGUCCUUCUGUUGAAACAUUAUGUAAAGAAUGUGAUGAAACAAACAGGUGAAUUGUCUUUAUUUCCAUGUUGAUAGCUGUCAGAGCCAUUACUCACUCCUGAUACAUUGUUCAAUUUAAAACACUCCCUCUAACUGUACGGCUACUGUGAUAGCGUUGUUAGCAUAUCAUUUAAACAUUGUCAUAACUUUAGGUGUUGUUUGGCCUUCUGAAAAACCUUGAACACUACAGUCUUGCCCUUGGUGGCCAUCAGAAUCUGUCAGGGAUAAGAGAAUUCAAUAAAUCAAACCAGGAACAGUUUUCCUGCAUUUGUCACUGUUAAUUAAGAACCGGGUCUGAGUCCUGAACUCAAAAAUAUAGUUUUUUAAACUUAUUUAUCUUUUAUUUUGUCCUUCUGAUCAUCUCGCCCGGCUGUGCCGCAGUGUGGGUGCAUGUGUGCGCGGCAUUGACUCAAAUCCGACUGGAGCGGUGGCAGCUCGCUUUGAUGCGGAGCUCCCAGGGCGCAUGGCCUAGUUUGAACGACUCCGGCAGAGAAGAGAAAGUGGCAAACUGCAGCCUCUGUGAAAUCCAUUAUUUAUCUCUGCAUUCGGGAGAAAAGAGAAAGUCACUCUGAACCAGGGCCUGGUGACUGUCAUCUGCGCGUCUUCGGUUGAUCGAAGCCUCUCCACUUGAAAACGACACACUGAGCACUCACCAGAACCUGCCGCACCUCGUGUUGCGUCGUUCACUAAUGAAUCCACGCAGUGCUUCUGGCAGCACUAGAGUGAGUGUUAUGAGACUGGGGGUGUGAGCCAUCUUCAGUGAGACGCAGUGAUGUCAGAGCGCGGACAGGUUGUGUGCACUGGCUCACACAUGGAGGGCUAUGCUAGUGGCACGUGGCCCCCAGGGGGCCCCCCUUUUAAUCUCCAGGCUCGCUAUCACCCCUUCAUUUAUGUGCUGAUACAUACAUACACAACUCACCGUAAAGUAUAACUUCCUGGAAGAAAGAUUGGUGAAAGAUUGAGGUCGUACAGUUAAAAUAAUCUGGAAAAAUGAACAGCCCAAAGUUACAAUGCUCUCACCGAAGUAGCCAUCAAUGAAAUAUAGCCGAACAGCUAGCUAACCUGAAAUGGACGCCCCCGCAGUUGGUUGAUGUUUGCGUGUUUGGGGAAAGAUAUGUUCCUGAGAACUAAGCGGAGCUCUGCCUUCCCCUCCCGUCUCUGCGUGAGGCUUGGCUCGGAGCCCCGCUGAGCGUAAGCUGGCGUCCUGCGAGGACAGGCUUCGAUCACAUGACCCCUUGCGCCCUCGAGCUGGGGAAGAGAGCCCACAUCAAAGCUGCAGAGCUGGACGAUGAGCGCACCGUAAUGGCGGCUGCCAGACGUCCCGUGGAGUCUGAUUGGCAGACGCCUCGCCUGCGAUAGAGUAAUGCGGAAGCCUCUAGAACGCUGCAGUGGAGCAUGGGAUGGGCCUGACAACACUGCGAUGUCAUGCCUUGCCUGAGUGGCAGAGGCUCAGAUCUUGGAUCGUGGCUCAGGCAGUGGCUCGGUGCUUCAGACCCUCUAGAGGGGCAGAGCAUCUCAGGGCCCCAGAUGCUCAUGGCCAGUAAGACAGGAGAAUAGAGGCCACCCUCAGCCAUGUGUUCCAAUCGUGUUCCAUAAACACCUUUACUGACAGGACGAUACAGAAAGAGCAGGUUUCAAUAUGUUACUGUCCAUUGACAACAGCAGUUUUCAUACUGGUUUCUUAAUUUCCAUUUUACACCAAGUUUAUUUAGCACAUUCGCACAGUGAUGCUUAACAGGUACAUUCCAGCCAAAUAUUUUCAAAAUAUUCAGGUACUGCAUGAUUACUGUGGCAGGAUCCUUGACAGAUCUAUCACCUGCGGUAUGAAAACCAGACAGCCGAAUUGGAGCCUGAAUCAAUCGAGAUUUAAUGUAAGUCACUGCUGAAAAUAUUGCUGAGAGGGCCUUCUCUCAUGAGAAAGAUUCUUUUUUUUUAAUUGGUGGAGCAAGUUGCCUCCAAACCUUGUCUCAAUGCUGUUCUCUGUGGAAAUCAAUAUUUCUGUUUCCUACUGGGUAGCCAGACUUCCUGUCUUUUCUCUUACCUGAGUGCCUUCAAAACAAAUAAUUCUUUUCGUAAUGGCCAAUAGCUAACGGCUAACAGCCUUUUUGUAAGCAUAUUAAAGGUAUAUGUGAUGAUUUUAGACUAGAUUUUCAUAGUAAAUAUAUGCUACCUGCACGCUAAAGGGAAAAUUGCAUACAGUGUGUAUAUAUAUGCUUGUUAAUGAUAUGUGCCUAAUUUUGUAUUUGACAUAUUUAUGUAAUAUAUUCAUAAUGGUUGUUCUUUAAGGACAGUGAUUGGACCAAAUCACAGGGAUCAUAAUUUCUUUUCAUGGAAACAAAAACUGUGUGAAUAUAAUGUUGACCUGAUUUGAAACCCUUAGAAUUUUUUGUUUGUUUUUUAAUGAUUGCUCUAGGCUUUGUCCUGAAUUCUUCCAGUAUUGAUUAGUGGAUGUUUUUUAUUCCAAUUAUUUAAAUUUUUUGUUGUUAUUAUUCUUUUGAUUUUCUAAUGUUGAAUGCAAAAAGAAAAUCUGCUCUGGAGCAGCUGUUUUUCAAUGCCGCCCAACUGAAUGCAUUUGCCCUUCAACUUAAUUCCUCCAAGUUGUGAUGAUGCCAGCAUUUUUCGUUAUUACAAAUGGCCACUUUAGGUCCCUCCUCCCGGUGAGUCAGCUUUUAUUCUAAAUACUAGGAGAUACUAGAAUAUGAAUCUUUUAUAAUCAUUGGGCCUCAUUCACAAAACAUGUGUACGAUCAUAUUUGAUCGUAAACUGUAAGAACUUUUCCACAAAUAUGUUGACUUUCAUCUUUUUUUUUUAAAUCUAUAUUUGUUCAAGGCUGUUUCCUUAUACUAAUACAUGAACAGGAUUGCACAUAAAUAAAUAAAAAACUGUCAGCAUUAUCUCAUACACAAAAACAAACGGCUGCACAUGUUUCAUAUUGGUUUUUUAUAGCAAAAUUUUUAUGAACAAAAGUAAGAAUAAUUUAAGAAACGUUUUGUGAAUGAGGCCCAUUGUCAGGAAAAUCACAGGGAUAUUGGAAUUGGCCUUUAAUGUAGUAGCUCCAUAUGUAUUAAAACAUACCCUUAUGUAACAUUCCCAGUUAAAAAACAUGUCAGUCUGCCAAAAGGAGUUACCCCAGGUUUUCUGUGCAUUCUUUCACCAAGGUGAUAGCACUCUACCAUCAACCUGCUGUUGUACUGUAAUCCUUGUGAGCAGUGGUGGAUGAAGCUGAACCCCAGGAACUGACCCUGUGUCAGUUUUUUGCAUAGUUGUUUGCAUUAGGAGCAGGUUUGUAAACUGAUGCUGAAUCAGUUAUUGAUGGGAAUUUACCCAAAGCUGUGCAUGCAGGGCUUCUGAUACAUUAUUUCUGAUGCAUGUUUUGUUUUUGUUUUGUUUUAAAAAAUAAAUAAAUAUGGAAGUCACAGUAAUCCAGAUGAGCUUGCUUCCCAUUCCAGCUUGGUAUGUGAGAGGACGCACUUCCAACAAAUGCUUUACCAAUGAAGACUAUGCAGUCUGUUGUACAUUUUGUGAUCCAGUACUAAAUGGGCGGAGCUUCUUCCUCCAGCAGGUGCGACAAAGCCCCUGUGCCUUUUGCUUUCUGUGAAGAACAGCAAAAUUAUACUUGGACUGCCUAGCAUUUUUCCAGAAAUGUCUUUGGUGUAUGCUCUAUUUCAUCAUGCAAUGGUGACUUGUAUCUAAAGGCUCUGUAAUGCUGGCUCAUUGCUGUACUGGUCAAUAAAGAGCUCAUGUAAGAAA